AUGCCGGGGAAUGGAGCCACGGACACCGCCUGCCCUGCCACCACACCCAUGGCAGCGUUCCUGGGGGGCCCGGCUGAGGGGUCUCCAUGCACCCCCGGCCUCGGGUGGGCUGGCGAGGGGCCGGGGGCCGGCGGCAAGAACCGGCACGUGUGCCACGCCGCGGCACGGCUGGAGAUGGGCAGCCUCUGGGAGGAGUUCAACCGCCUGGGCACCGAGAUGAUCGUCACCAAGGCAGGCAGGAGGAUGUUCCCAACCUUUCAGGUGAAGCUUUCAGGGCUGGAUCCCUUGGCCGACUACGUCCUGCUCAUGGAUUUCAUCCCGCUGGAUGACAAGAGAUACAGAUAUGCCUUCCACAGCUCAUCCUGGCUGGCGGCGGGCCGGGCCGAGCCGGCGGCUCCUGGCCGCGUCCACUUCCACCCCGACUCCCCCGCCAAGGGCGCCCAGUGGAUGCGGCAGAUCGUGUCCUUCGACAAGCUCAAGCUGACCAACAACCUCCUGGACGACAACGGCCAUAUCAUCCUCAACUCCAUGCACCGCUACCAGCCCCGCUUCCACGUCGUCUUUGUGGACCCGCGGCGCGACAGCGAGCGCUUCGCCCACCAGAACUUCAAGUCCUUCAGCUUCCCCGAGACCCAGUUCAUGGCAGUGACAGCCUACCAGAACCACCGGAUCACCCAGCUGAAGAUCGCCAGCAACCCCUUUGCCAAGGGAUUUCGGGACGGCGACCCCGAGCCAUGGUGUGGGGUGCCGGCAGGGUCCCUGCUGGGGGCAAUGCCCCGUGCCCGGGCCACCCCGCUGCCCCCGGGGCCCGAGAAGCAGGAGAAAGGGGCUCCACGCAGCCACAGGGCUCUGGCUCCUGCCCCCCAACCGCCAGCAGUACCCCCCAGUUUCCCCGAGCUCCCUGCCCCCACCUUCCAGCCCCUCACCUGCCCCCCUGGUGUCUGUGUGGGAGCCAAACCCCGCACCCUGCCCUACCCCCUGCCCGCCUUCCCCCAGCUCAGCACCUACGGCCCCACCGCAGCCCCAACCUUUGGCUACGGCCAGCAGUGA